UAAUUGUUUUAGAUUUUUUGCACUUAGUUUUUAACCUAAAAUUUAUCUAUUGUAUUGGUUAUCUUGAUAAAACAAGAUGGCAGAAGCUCAUGCCGCUGUUGCGUUUUCAUUUUCUGUAACACAAGAAGGUCUCAAUGUCCAAAUUUCCCAUGAGGCGAUGCAGGCUGUCUAUUUUUCUGGUGUAAGAUCAUGGCGGAAAAGGUUGACCAGGUUCAGAAACCGUGUACUGAGCGGAGUAUUUCCCGUCAAAUACACAAGCCUUGUUGGGCUCACAGCUAUCGUCCUGUUGGCUUCGUUUCUUAGCUACGACAUUACUUGGGGUUUUAAUGAAAAAGUUCAUGGAUGGUUGUUCUCUUCGAAGUCAUUCAUUACAUGGAACACAUCAUACUUGGUUUCCAGCACAUUACUUUGGCUGCUUGCUGUUCUCGUAAUCCGUUAUCUGCUAAAAUUACUUCUAUGUUAUCAAGGUUGGAUGUUUGAACCUCGUGGAAAAAUGUCGCUCAAGACCAAACUAUGGGCUGUGAGUUAUCUCCAGUUGUUAUGUUAUUUUACGCAAAAUGUGAUGUUUCUCCUUAUUCAAAUUCUCUCAUUCCACUCUUCAAAUAGGUGGGAGCAGUAUGUAUAUCUUGCUGGGCGUGGUCCAAUUAUGGUCAAUUCAAAUUACUAUGGAAUGGACCUUCUGUACCAUAACCCAACUCCUGUACAAGCAUCUCGCGCUGCCAAUAUAGUACAUGCUAUGUUUGCAUUCCGUUCAACACUGGAUAAAGAACUCAUUAAACCAAUUAAAGUAAACGGAGUUGUCCCAUUAUGCAGUGCUCAAUAUGAAAGAGUGUUUAACUCCUGUAGAACUCCUGGUGUUGAAGCAGGUAUCUACCCUUGUGAUUUUGAAGAUGUUGAACAACUUGGAACUCUCCUUUGCCUUAAAUCAGAAGAUAAGGAGAAGGAAAUACAAGGGAUUUCAAAAUUUGAACUCAAAUUCUCUCAUUCAACUCUUCAAAUAGGUGGGAGCAGUAUGUAUAUCCUUGCUGGGCGUGGUCCAAUUAUGGUCAAUUCAAAUUACUAUGGAAUGGACCUUCUGUACCAUAACCCAACCCCUGUACAAGCUUCUCGCGCUGCCAAUAUAGUUCAUGCUAUGUUUGCAUUCCGUUCAACACUGGAUAAAGAACUCAUUAAACCAAUUAAAGUGAAUGGAGUGGUCCCAUUAUGCAGUGCUCAAUAUGAAAGAGUGUUUAACUCCUGUAGAACUCCUGGUGUUGAAGCAGACCGUAUUUGCCACUGGUCCGAUUGUCGUCACAUUGCUGUAUACCAUCAAGGUCGUUGGUUUAAGAUGACCUGUUACAAGAACGGGGUUCUUCUCGAGCCAAGUGAGAUGGAAAUCCAGAUCGAAUCAAUCUUGAACGACACGUCCCCCCCUUGUGAGGGAGAGGAACACUUGGCAGCAUUGACUGCUGGAGAGAGAAUACCAUGGGCGAAGGCACGCAACACAUACUUUGUCGACGGCGUUAACAAGAAAUCUCUUCAUGCGAUUGAAAAAGCUGCGUUUAUUCUCGUCCUCGAUGAUGAGGAACACGUGGUAAGCGAUGAAGACUCAGCUUCGUUGUCAAAAUAUGGUCGAUCGCUCUUACAUGGAAAAUGUUAUAACAGGUGGUUUGACAAAACCUUCAACUGCAUCGUCUUCAAGAACGGAAGAUGGGGAAUCAAUGCUGAACAUUCAUGGGCAGAUGCCCCAAUCAUGAGUUAUGUGGUGGAGGAAGCACUUGGCUUUGAAUAUCAAUCCCUUGGUUAUACCCAGGAUGGUAGAGUAAAAGGCAGGCCUACUGUACAACCCAUCACGCCUCAUAGAUUACAGUGGCAACUUACACCAGAGUGUCAAGAAGUGAUUGAAACCAGUCUUUCUGUUGCGAAUAACCUCGCAGAUGAUGUUCACCUUAAUGUGUCGGCAUUCAAACACUUCGGAAAAGGACUCGUGAAGAAGUUUAAGAUGUCUCCAGAUGCUUUCAUACAAGCUGCAUUACAAAUCGCUCACCUUAGAGACAAAGGUCGUUUCUCGUUAACAUACGAAGCCUCAAUGACAAGAUUGUUCAGAGAAGGUAGGACAGAGACCGUAAGAUCAUGCACGAGUGAAAUGUGUGCGUUCGCUAAAUCUAUGGAGGAUGACAGCUUCACUAACAAGGACCGAUAUGCUUUGCUUAAGAAGGCCGUUGACCGUCACAUUAAUGGUUACAAGGAAGCAAUGACGGGACAAGGCAUUGACCGUCACAUAUUUUGUCUUUAUGUGGUGUCAAAAUAUCUCAAGUUGGAAUCUCCAUUCUUGCAGAAGGUAUUAAGUGAGGUUUGGAGACUUUCCACCUCUCAGACCCCAGUUGACCAGGUUGGGAGGUCAGUCUUAAGAAAUAAUAAAGAAAUGACCCCAACGGGGGGUGGUUUUGGUCCGGUUGCCGAUGAUGGUUAUGGUGUCUCUUACAUCAUCUGCCAUGAGAAUCUUAUCAUGUUUCAUGUUUCAAGCAAAUAUUCUUCAUCAGAAACGGACUCUGACCGAUUUGCUGGCAAUAUUGAGAAAGCUAUGCUUGAUCUACGGAACCUGUGUGAGAGCAUGUAAAGAGACGGACAGCUAAAUCAACUUUCGUGUGUUAGGAUUGUUUUGGCUUUUAAUAUGUUAUGCUUGUACUUUGUAAACGCAUACGGCCGUAUUUAUACACACUGCAAAAAAAUCAAUGCAAAAAUGACCCCUUCGCCAGCGCACAGGGUUUUACUUUAUUUAUUAUUGUGUCUGAGUGCUGUGGACAUUGCGACUCCUGAACUUUGUGUGUGAAAGACUUGCCUCCCGUCGCUGGGAUUUGUACCAUCAACCCUGUACUCUAAACCGCGAUUCUCCUAAAUACGCGCCGACCCUACGACGGGAUGUUUAUAUUUUUGAGAAUAUUGUAUUCUAGUGAUAUUGCUUGUCGUAGCGUGGAAAUUCUAAAAAUAAAUCAAACCUUGCCGAA